CCUGUGGGUGUGCAGCUUGAAUGCUUCUCUGCGUCCUGCUCUGAGCUCUGCUGUUGUGUGCUGUGAGGGGACCUCAGGGAAAUGCUGAAAUCAAGACAUGGAUGCAGUGACUUUUGAUGAUGUGCAUGUGAACUUCACUGAGGAAGAGUGGAAUUUGCUGGAUCCUUCCCACAAGAGUCUCUACAAAAAUGUGAUGUUUGAAACCUACCUGAACCUCAGAGCUAUAGGCUAUAAUUGGGAAGACGAUCCUCUUGAAGAACAUUCCUUUACAAGAUCCAGUCAUCUCAAAUAUCAUAAAACAACACAUACUGGAGAGAAACCCUAUGAAUGCAAUCAAUGUGGUAAAGUCUUUGCAGAUCACAGUUAUCUACAAAAACAUAAAAGAUCACAUACAGGAGAGAAACCUUAUAAAUGUAAUCAAUGCGGUAAAAGUUUUGCACAUCACAGUACUUUCCAAUAUCAUAAAAGAACACAUACUGGAGAGAAACCUUAUGAAUGUAAUCAAUGUGGUAAAGCCUUUGCACAGCGCAGUGAUCUCCAAUAUCAUAAAAGAACACAUACUGGAGAGAAACCUUAUGAAUGUAAUCAAUGUGGUAAAGCCUUUGCAAGACCCAGUCAUCUCCGAUAUCAUAAAAGAACACAUACUGGAGAGAAA